AUGAUCAUUGACACUAUCGUCACCGGCCUGCUGCUGGCCGCCAGCGUCGUGGCUGUUCCCAUCGAGAACCCCUUCGAGCUUAUCAAGCGCGCCCCCAGUGCCGGCGUCGUCAUCCAAAAGUGCUCCAAGCCCGGCGUCUUCGCUCUCGCCUACGAUGACGGCCCCGGCCAAUACCACUCCCAGCUCGUCGAUAUCCUGAACAACGGCGGCGCCAAGGCCACUUUCUUCAUGACCGGAAAGCUGUACGGCUGCAUCUACAACCAGCGCGCCGCCGUGAAGAAGGCCUUCGACUCGGGCCACCAGAUCGCCUCGCACACCUGGACGCACCCCCAGAACUUUGGCAGUCUGAGCUCGUCCCAGCUCACGACCGAGAUGAAGAACCUCGAGCAGGCCUUCGUCAACAUCAUUGGCAAGAAGCCCGCCUACAUGCGCCCGCCGUACCUCGCCACUGGCGGCGCCGUGCUCUCAACCAUGAAGACGCUGGGCUACAAGGUCAUCACCGACGAUAUCGACUCCGGUGACUGGAACGGGCAGACUCCGGCGCAGAGCCAGCAAAAGUUCCAGCAGGCCGGCGCCGGCGGCAACGGCCACAUCCCCCUUAUGCACGAAGUUUACGCCAGCACGGUGCAGACCUUGACCCCUUGGCUGAUCAACUGGGCCAAGCAGAACAACCUGAAGCUGGUCACUGUUGCCGAGUGCCUCGACGACAGCGGCGGAGCCUACCAAUCCGGUUCCUUCACCGGCAACGGUGCCAACUCUUGCUAA